UUUAUGACGUGUCGGAAGACACGAGGUGUGUCGGAAGACACGAGGUGUGUGUGUGUGAAGAACCACAUGUUUACAGGUCACAGGCGACUACAACAAUGAACAGCACCGUAGCCAAACGGAUUAAAUUGAAGGAUAAAUUACCUGAUGUGUCCACCAAGGCACAACCUAGCAACCUCCAGGCAAAAAAGACACCAGAUAUUCCCCACAUUACAUUGAAAAGAGAAGGGUCCCCUGCACUGAGUUAUGUGUCCAUGAAGAGUGAACGCUCAAUGGAUCCACCAGGAAACUUCAUGGGUGGGGCUACAACAUACAUGACCCGAAUGAAACGAAAAAUGUCAUCUCCUGCACCCAGCAAUCUGUCAAUGAAGAGUGACCACUCAAUGGACCCACCACUGCCAAACUUCCAAGGAGAAAAUUCUCCUUUCAUACCCAGGUUUUGCUCCGCCCACGUCUCUGCCUCUACCCAGCGCAGCUACACACCUGUGGCCAAUUCUCCCUCGUCUGGGCCUGUACUUAACUCCAGCCCUGAAGCUCCUUCAUGGCUGGAUUAUCUCCUCACUGAACACGUUCUAAAACACAAACUGCAACAAGGGCUGCAGCAGCUAAAAUAUGAGCUGCAGAAUCAGACAAAGAAACUGCUGGAGGAGCAGACAAAAAAGCUGCUGGAGGAGCAGCAGGAGGAGCAGCAGAUGCAAACAUUAAGGCUGCUGGAGGAGCAGCAGAACCAGACCAAGAAGCUGCUGAAGGAGCAGCAGGAGGAGCUGAGACUUGACCAGUGUUUGUCCCCGACCAGCGAUGACAGACAACCCAAUCUGGCUCCUGCGGCCGUCCACCUGAACAGAUGGGGCCGACCUCAUCUGGACCAGAGCGGUGGACGGGAGAGCAGAGAGUGA